UCUGUUUUAUACAUUGUUGUUUGUUGUUUGUGCACUUAUACAGUAUACGUCAUUAUAAUGAUAUUCAAUACUGAUGUGACUGCAAAGAUUCAUGUUUACAUUCAGUGCUACAUAAAUUCAUUGUGACUUGACGUAAGACAGUAGAUCCCCACCAACUUUCUCACUACAUUCAUUGCUCUCAAUCAGGAUGUAUAACCAGCUUGCACAUUCCUGAACAUAAUUUACUGUGCAGUACAUGCAACUGUUUAUGAAACUUACACAAGAGUUAAUCUACUGUAUCAGAACUUCAUGUAAAUAGUUCCUGCCUAUGUGCUGGAAAGAGCCUACAUCACACCUUCUUUGAAGGCAUUACGACUAAAGAAAGGUGUCGAAUUACAAGUAUUUUUGCAAAUGAGUGUAUUCAGCAUUCGAAACUUCACCACCCAAACAUAGUGCAGUGCCUUGGUGUCUACACUCCCCAAAAUUCCGAUUUGCCAAUGCUUGUAAUGGAAUAUAUGCCCCUUACUCUCACCCACUGCUUGGAAAAGUACGCCCACAUACCGUCUUCGAUUAAGUAUCGCAUACUAUUGGGAGUUUCAUCUGGCUUGUACUUCCUUCACGAUCAAGACCCACCAAUUGUGCACCGAGAUUUGACAUCCAACAACGUUUUGCUCUCAGAGUCUUUGCAAGCAAAGAUUGCAGAUUUUGGUGUGUCUCGAAUAAUUUCUGCUGAUAAACGAAUGUCUAGUCUUACUACAGCCCCCGGUGCCACUGUUUACAUGCCUCCCGAAGCGUUAAUCGCUAACCCAAAGUAUGACAAGCAGCUGGACAUUUUCUCACUCGGUGUGCUGAUUGUUCACGUUGGAGUUCAAGCCCUGCCAGCCCCUAACAUUGCACCUACAAAGGUUGAUGAGAAGGAUCGGAAUAAAGUGGUUGGAGUGUCUGAAGUAGAGCGACGAGCAACAUUUUUAGAUAAGAUGAAGAGUGAAAUUGUUCUUUGUUCAUUAGCCCGGAGUUGCCUUAGCAAUGAUCCUCGACAGCGCCCUUCAAUCUUCCACAUCAUUUCUCAACUUGAAAUUCUAUUGUCUGCAAAUGCAAGUGAGUUCCCUUUUUCCAAUACGCUCGAAGCUGCUCAGCUAUUGGAACAGAGUCUAAUAUCAGAAGAUACGCUGAAAACACAGGCGCAGUACCUCCACUCUCAGUUGACCGCUGUACUAGAAGAUGUACAAGGCGUAGACAGCGUUUCCAUAUCAAGCAUUUCCAGCCAAAUCAAAUUUCUCACGAAAGUAGCUAGUGAAAUGGCAUGUAGCAAUGCUUCUGUUGUAAAUGGCAGUCGAUUUGUUUUUAACUACAAGCACCCAUCAGCUGAAAAGUGCUUAGUUCAAAUGUCAAAAAUUCAGAAUUCUGCAGAAUUGGCUUUAGUUUUGCAGCCUCCAGUGAAUAUGAGGUUCUCAGGAACGUACGUGAGAACUAUCGCAUCAAAUUUGGUAAAAGCUUGGGGCGUGGCAGUUAGUGAGACGGGUAAUUUGUUUGUUGUUGAUAACAAUGGUUGGGACAGUGUACGCUCCUAUGAUUCAAGUGGUGUGUAUUCUGUUCUUGUUCACUCUGCUGGGAGGUUAGAGUUUAAUCCACCGGAAUUAAAGUGCUGGCAUCCUACUACAGUUGCACUCAUGAGUAAUGACAUCUUGAUUGUUGCAGACAGUGGAAAUAAGCGCCUUAUUAAGCUGUGUCUGCCCCGACAUCCUUCUGGUGAAGUCACCGUUAUAGCAAAGUCAAAGAAAGGUCUGUUUGAAAUAUCAGAGUUUUCCUAUUUGUCUGUCAGUGCCCCGAUGCAAGACAGCCCUGUGGGUAUUGCCAUCUCAAAACUAGGUUCGGUAUUUGUCUGCGAUCGAGCAAAUCAUCGAUUGCUAGUCCUAAGCAGUGACCUUGUUCUAUUGCGUAUGUUUGGUUCCAAAGGUACAGGUCCUGAACAGUUUAUCCAUCCAUGGGAUGUUGCUUUUGAUAGCCGCUCCAACCUCUAUAUUUCUGAUUGCAGUAACAGUUGUAUCAAAGUUUUCACAUAUAAUUUGAAACCACUCCGUACGAUCGGUAGCGCUGGUAGUGCUCUUGAUAAUCUUCGAGGACCAACUGGAAUUUGUAUUGAUUCUGAAGAUUUUUUGUAUGUAGCCGACAAAGAUCAUCGUAGAGUUUAUGUUUUUGAUACUGCCGGUAAUUUCAAGAUGUAUUUCUCGGGAUCUCCAAACGGACUGUUUACAAAACCCCUUGGAGUAGCUGUUGAUCAUGAAGGCUUUGUCUAUGUGAGCGAUGGAGAGGGAGGACGAGUGGAGGUGUUUACUUAACUGAACUAUAAUUAUAUCAAGCCUGACUUGCAUGUGCAUGUGCUGUGUUUUAUACUGAACACCUGUAUAUAUAAUUAUAUAUAAUUAUAUUAUGAUAUAA